AUGUCGCAGGUUCUUGGGCGAACUAAUCUGGCAUUUUCGAGAGCGUGGCAUGUUGUCAAUGUCGGUGCGGAUUCUCGAAGCCUUGGAAGGCUUGCAACUUCUAUAGCGGUGACGUUGAUGGGCAAGCACAAGCCAAUAUACCAUCCAUCAAACGACUGUGGAGACUAUGUUGUAGCAGUUGGUUGUAACGACAUCCGGCUCACUGGCAACAAGAGGGAUCAAAAAAUGUAUUACAAGCAUACGACACGGCCCGGGAAAGGGUUCAAACAGAUGAACAUGGAGCGAGUUUUCCAGAAAUUUGGAGGCGGUGAAAUCCUUAGGAGAGCAGUUAGUGGGAUGCUACCGAAAAACAGACUGAGGGACGUGAGGUUGGCAAGAUUAAAAGUUUACGAGGGAUUGCACCACCCGUACAAGAAGAAUAUUAUGGUCAUGGAAGCGAAGUCCAACCGUAGGGGGCCAAUCGGCCCCUCCUACGGACCUGUUGGGGCGCCUAAUAAUAACCAUAAUAACCAGGAAGCAAGCCCGCCAUUAGCGAUAGAGUAG